CAAUCAUGUUAUAACAGACUGAUAUUUUCUGCUCAGUUAAAGUUUGUACUUUUUGUAAUUUCUUAAAAGUCACAAUAAUGUGAUAAUGCAUAUUUUGGUAUUGAUCCAAUACUAAGUAAAUACAAGGCAAGUAUCACUGAUACUGAUACCAAUACCAAUCCCUAUACCUAUACCUAUUAUUUAAGUAUGAUAUAUCACCAAACUGAAAAUACUAAUUUUGUGGAGUUAUGUGCUGAGGAGUAUCUCUGAUUGAUAACAUUAUUGGCACAAAAUAUUGGCAUAUUGGCACAUAAUAAUCUGUGCCCAUUGAUUGAUUGCAUUGAUGGGUUAAGAAAACAAGCAGAAGAAGAUCUAAUUAAAUUCUUUAUUUGCAAGGCCGUGGUUAUGGAUAAACGUGUAAGUGCUUUUUUUAUUUUUUCAUAUUUUUAUAUUUUGCUACAGGUUUCAGCUGGCAAUUAGUAAAUUGUGAUGUCCCUUUUUUAACAUAGUUAAAAACUUGUUUGAAAACAUUGUAUUUGGAUUGAAGAAUCAAUUCCUUAAAAGAGUUUUAUUGUCAAAAGAAUAGUAAUAUAAAUUUUUAAUACUAGAUUUUGUACAAGAAAAUGCAACUGCAAAUAAAGGAAAGAUGAGGAGGGAAAAAAACUAGUGCUUUUUAUACUUUGUAUUAAAAUUGACAAAAUUUUACCCUUUUGUACUUGAGGCUAAUAUGAUGUAUCAGAGAGUUGUCCAUUGCAGAAUGUAAAAAUGAUCUGUCAAGUCUCUGGGACGAUCGCGCCAUCUUCUGGCCAACAUUAGAAUCAGGGAUGGGAAUUUCGGCACGGUGCCAGGAUCCGCACCAUUUAUCUCCAUUCACUGACCAAGUCUGUUCUAAAUAAAUAAAAAGAAGUCUUGAAUAAUAUAAAGCAUAAAAUAAUCAUGAACAAUUAAAACUGUAGGCACUUGUCACACAAACAGUCUAAAACGUUUUGUCGUUGAUUUUUUCUUCCUACGCCUUGUUGCAUUCUUUCUGUUCUAAUCAAAUUAAAAGUUUGACAAAACUUUCAACUUAGCACUCAGGCAUUUAGGUAAAUGUUUUUAAAAACUAAUUGUAACAUCAACAUUUAACUGAAAUAAAAGUGAACACAAAAACACAGCAAACCAGCAACUUCUAUUUACAGUAUAUAGAGUAUAAAAUUUGAACAUCAUAUUGAUGACUCUAUAACUCUUAUUUACUCUUCUAUCAUACGUUUUAUUUGUUUUUAAUGAUGAUGUCAAAACUCUCAUUUUGAAAGUCCAAAUUUUAAAUCUCAUAAUUAUAAUUUUGAAUCGCUUGGAUUGAUUUUAAAUAUCACAAUUAUGACUUUAAAAACCAAUAACGGAAAUUUCAAAAAUUAGAAUUAUGACUUUGUAUCUCAUAUCUCACCUCGAAAGUCAAAACUGGACUUUAUAUUUUACAAUUAUGUAUUUGAAUGCCACAAUUAUGAUUUUAGCUAAUCAUUAUGACCUUAACUGCGACAUUUCUGUCUCUCAAAUCAUAGAACAGACAAUCAUUGUCAAAUAAAAAAUAAUUAAUAAAAAAGCUGGUGUCUGAUCUCUUCGUUCAGUCCGCUAAAUGAACCGGCACACUGAGUCGGAUCAGUCGCACCGGACGCAUUUCCACCCAAUGUGACUAUAUUAACUCGUCACACAUACGUGUCAGUGUCACUAAUUCUGAAAGCUGCCAAGCCACUUUAUGUGAUAAUUAUAAAAUCUAAUUAGGGAUAAUUUGUUUUUAAUAUAUUACUUAAUAACAAUUGAGUUCGUAUGUAUCAAAUCUUAACUCGUCCAAACAGAUCAUGGUUUCGAAUAUUGUCUUCCUCUCUAGUGGCACAUCGUGUUGUGAACUGACAGUGCGCGCGCGUGCUUGUGCGGUUUGUGCCAGUGAGAGCGCGCGCGUGUCCCUCUGUGUGUGUGUGUUCCGUUAUUUUCCGGGUUGUGCUCAGUCAGUCAGGCAGGGUCUGUGGCGGUUGUAGCGCGACAGCUGCCAGCUGACACUUCCACCGAGGAGAAGCUGAGGUCAAACUUGGCUGUCUCUGUUUCUCUGUCUGUGACCGAGGCUGCAUCAUCACCACCAUCAUCAUCAUGGCGGAUCAAGGCGAAUCUCCGGUUCCCGUCCACCAUCCACAACCUACCAUCGGCUGGCCAAUUACCAGGGAGUCCUACGAGCUGCAGGAAGUCAUAGGCAGCGGGGCCACAGCUGUGGUGCAGGCAGCCCUCUGUACCCCCAGACAGGAACGCGUGGCCAUAAAGAGGAUCAACCUGGAAAAAUGCCAGACCAGCAUGGAUGAGCUGUUGAAAGAAAUUCAAGCCAUGAGUCAGUGCAACCACCCAAACAUCGUCACCUACUACACUUCCUUUGUUGUGAAGGAUGAACUGUGGUUGGUGAUGAAGCUCCUGAGUGGAGGCUCCAUGCUGGAUAUAAUUAAACAUGCGAGCAAAGAAGAAGAUAAAAAUCUUCGAGCGUUAGAUGAGCCAAUUAUUGCCACAAUAUUAAAAGAAGUUCUAGAGGGCCUGGACUAUCUCCACAGAAACGGACAGAUUCACAGGGAUGUGAAAGCUGGGAACAUCCUACUGGGAGAAGAUGGAUCUGUUCUGAUUGCAGAUUUUGGUGUAAGCGCAUUUUUAGCUGCGGGGGGCGACAUGACGAGGCACAAAGUUCGAAAGACUUUUGUUGGGACGCCGUGCUGGAUGGCUCCAGAGGUGAUGGAACAAGUUCGAGGCUAUGAUUUCAAAGCAGAUAUAUGGAGUUUUGGAAUUACAGCGAUAGAGUUAGCAAGAGGUUCUGCACCUUAUCACCGAUACCCUCCAAUGAAGGUUUUAAUGCUUACCCUACAGAAUGAUCCGCCCACUCUGGAGACAGGUGUUGAGGACAAGGAAAUGCUCAAAAAAUAUGGAAAAUCAUUUCGAAAGCUUAUAACUACGUGCCUUCAGAAAGACCCUGCAAAAAGGCCUACAGCAUCUGAGCUUUUGAAGUGUAAAUUCAUCCAAAAGGCAAAGAACAGAGAAUAUCUUGUUGAAAGGCUUUUGAGUCGUGCACCAAAGAUAUCUCAAAGAGCAAAGAAGGUGAGGAGAGUCCCAGGCUCCAGUGGCCACCUGCACAAGACAGUAGACGGGGACUGGGAGUGGAGCGACGACGAACUGGAUGAGGGCAGUGAGGAGGGUAAAGCAGCGGUGAAUCAGGGCAGGUCACGAAGGGUCAAAUAUGAGGCCAAAGACAAUGAGGAAGAUGCCAACAAUGUCCCUAUUGAAGGCUUGUCUGUGCAGCAUCCCCAGGUGGAACCAUAUGAGAAUACACCAUUCAUUCAAAGUGCUGUGAACAUGGUACUGCGGCUACGGAACUCCAAAAAGGAGCUAAAUGACAUUCGGUUUGAGUUCACCCCUGGGCGAGACACUGCUGAUGGCGUCUCCCAGGAGCUUUAUUCAGCUGGUCUGGUCAAUGGGCUCGAUGUCUUAAUUGUUGCUGCUAACCUUCAAAAGAUUGUAGAUGACCCAAUUACCUAUAAAGUGUUGACCUUUAAGCUGGCUUCAGGAUGUGAUGACACAGAGAUCCCAGAUGAGGUGAAGUUGAUCGGCUUUGCUCAGUUAAGUGUUAGCUGAUGUUCUCUUCAUCUUUGAAGCAGAUGAGGCAGGGAAGACAGUUCAGGGCAGACAGACUGAGGAACACACCCCAACCACCACCACUUUCUGCUAUAUCUUUCUCAACUCCCUCCCAGAAAAGCCCUUCUCCGUCUUCCGUCCUUAACUCUUUUUGACAUUCCCAAAGCUCUGUCGUCGCUUUACCACCGCCUCUGUAGCGUCGACUUCCCUGCUCGCUGUCCGUCGACAUUCCAGCACCCAGCGCACAGUACAGUACCAGGAUACAGCCCAGGAACCAAAAGAUGUACUCAGGUGGUGAAAGAAGGUGAUAAAUAUGUAGCUUUGAAUGUUUUAUUUAUUUUCUCACCUCCUUUCUUUAAUUUACACUGCAUUACAGUUAUUUACAGCAAAAAUCAAAUUAUUUAUUGAAAUAAGAAGAUAUUUUAAAUUUUAUUUUUCUGUCACAUUGUUUUGUUCCCACUGUGAAAAUAGAUGUCCUCCCACACUUAAUGAUUUAUGAAAACUCCUUGGGGUUCGUGUCAGAAUGUAAGAAUUAUGUAAACAUGUAGAUAUAAGCACAUUUUUAUAAUAACAUGGUGAAUGUUUUAAAAUAAAACGCCCUGAAUGAAUUGUUUUAUGUGUUCAGACCUGUUUAACUAAAAAUGGAAGCGUUUGGUUGAGUGCGCCAAAAUAAAUGAGACCUGGAUGUUACUGUGUACACUUUGCUGCUCUCAACUGUGUUAACGCUUCAGAAAAUGCUUGAGGUGCCUUGUUCAUUUUUCCGUGCCUAAGAAAGUUGUCGGUGAGUGAGACGACACUGAGAGCAGAACUUGCUGAUUGUCACUUCAUUAACGCAUUCCCUGCAAUGAAUCAGUUCACAUGUGCAGUCUUAGCCCAAAGAGGGAAAAUGAAAUGCACUUUUGAGUUAGGAUGCACAGCCAACAAACUGACUCUUAAUUUAUGUGCUUUCAGACAAAUAAAACCCGGUGGAACCUGCAGUUGUAUACUCUUGCUCCAAUUGGUGUCUAUCAGAUGCCACAAUUCAACACUGGGUUUUAUGUUUUUGUUUUGUUUGAAUAAGUAAAGUAGCUACCUAAUUGUACUGUAUGACAUCAAAAAAUGGAAAAAACAGCGUCUAAAGAGCCAUUUGUUUGUCCAAACAAAUCCAGUAGCACUAAAUCAUUUUAGGUAUAAAAGUGUUAAAUAAUAACUCCUCAAAAAGCUUUUACUUUUUGAAGUAAAUUAUUGUUUUUUUUAUGUACACUGUGCAUCAUUUCAGCAUAUUAUCCAUUUCCCUUCUCUGUAAUCAGCUAAUGAUGAUUACAGAUGUCAAAUGUCAAAUUUCUGAUGAGAAGCAACAAAUAAAGAAUAUUUAAGAAACAUGU